AUGGCACUCAACAAGCCCAUCCCAGCACUCUACUGCUGCUACCUACUCAGAUCUACUGUCAGUCGAAGUACUACUUAUGUUGGCUCAACACCGAAUCCAGUGAGACGACUGCGUCAGCAUAACGGACAUGCGAAAGGCGGCGCCGUCCGGACCAGUCGCCCCAGUUUACGCCCAUGGGAGAUGACUUGUAUCGUCACUGGAUUCCCGAGUCAUAUUGCGGCGUUGCAAUUCGACUUUUCUUCUUCUAACCUCUCUAGAUGGGCUUGGCAGAAUCCACACAUCACCACACAUAUUCCAGCCGAAUCCCGAAUCCAGCAUGCAACACAGAAGAAGCGAUCAGGCCACCCGAAGAGACCACGGCAUACCAUCAACUCGCUCCUCUCGAACCUCCAUCUCUUACUCCGAGUUCCUACAUUUGCUAGAUGGCCACUCGAGUUACGCUUUUUCUCCGAAGAUGUACAUAAAGCUUGGUUGAAAUGGUGCAAAACGGCUCCAGAACCCAUACGCGAAACAAUCAAGAUCAUCCAGGACUUUAGCGUGUCAAAAAUCGAAGUAUCAGAUACCGAUGGCAGUCCCCGAGCGAAGAGGCGAAAAGUCGGUCAUGGGAUUCAAGGUCUCGAGAUUGGAUACGCCAAUGAGAAGAUGCACGUUGAGAAGGCGAAGAAUAUCGUGGAUUUUGAGCACGAAGGGAGCUGUGCAAUAUGUCGGGAGCACCUUGAGCAUGAUGAAGGCGUCUAUGCUCUCUGUCCAGCUCCUGGUUGUCAAUCGGCUACACAUUUAACAUGUCUCGGUCAACAUUUUCUCAAGUACGAAAAAGAUUCUCUGGUACCGAUCAAGGGAAACUGCCCUAGCUGCAAUACUGAGCUCAGAUGGAUUGAUGUCGUCAAAGAGCUGAGUUUGCGAAUGCGGGGACAGAAAGAGGUCGAUAAAUUGCUGAAAAAGAAGAGGUUACGCAGAGAUAAAGCCACUGCAUCUCAGGCAGUCAUCGAAUCAUCAGAGAGCGAGGAAGAGACAGACGAAGAACUUGAGCGACAAGAAAUUGAAGCGCAAUUACGAGAAUUAAGCGAUUUGGAUCCAGGAGAGACUGUGGAAGGAGGCGACCGAUGGCACGAAGUAGACGAUUCGGAUUCAGACACACGAUCGGUCGACAGCAAUAUCUCACUAGCUUCGAAGCAUGCCACAACACAGGCUAAUAAGGCUACAUCGUUGAAGCCAAUCAUCGAAGACAGUGACUGGGAUGAUGCUGCUGAGCUGGAUUGA